UCCUGCGCGCCCCGCGAGGCGGGCAACCUCGCGCGCGGGCGCGCGCGGUCGACAACUCGAACGUGCAACCGCAGGCGCGCACCCGCUCGACGGCCCGAGGAGGAUGAGGAGGAGGAGGAGGAGGAGGGGAGGAGGAGGAGGAGGAGGAGGACCGGCCUCGACCCCCACCGCGCGGAGCCGACCGAGCGUGGUCGCCGCUCACGCCUCGUCUGGCGCGGCCUCUCGGCACCAGUCCGCGGCAGGGUCCUGCGGAGCACGUCCUCGUGCAGGCGGGCCCAAUCCUGGCGAGACCGAGAACAGCCGGCCCCCGCCCGCGCGGGAGAGCUCGCUGCUUGAGUGGUCGCCGAACCUGGGCCGCU